AUGAAGUAUAUGCUCCAGAAGCGUAUCAGAGAGUACGAACAACAACUCGAAGAAUACGAAACCCUAUCGAAGCGCCGCUGGAAGGCCGCCGACCGACCCUCGUCCCAAUCAGGAUCAGAUUUAGAGCGAGAACCAAAGGGACUCCGCGAGAUCAAGUUUAAAGAUAUCGAUAAUUUUACCCUUGAUUUCAAAUGGAUUCGUGAUCUCGAACAAUCCUUUAAAGCGAACCCUAGACACUAUCUAAAUUCGAAACGGAAGGUUUACGCUGGGAUUGCGCACCUGAAUAUAGAAUGUCGUCAACGCUGGUACACCUACUGCGAUGAACUGAACCCUGAAGAAGCCUACGAAGCAAAAAAGUCUUGGGAUUACUUCAAAGAUUGGACCAACCAGUUGGUCGCUAACCUCGCGACGGGCCUGAUUGAAUACCGAAUCCGACUAGAAUCCGCCCGUCAGAAACCAGACUAA